UCCCACCAGCCAAGGGUUGAGUUGAAGAACGGGCACGUAUAUGUGAAUUAAAAAAUGUGGGGUUUUUCGUGGCAAAAACAUUUUUACCUUUAUUAGCUAAAUUUUCCUCCGCAAAAGAGUGUUUCUUCCAUAAUUUGUUGUUACAAAACGUUGGUUUAGUAGUUGUUGUUGUAUUAAUGGGUGGAUGGUUUGUUGUUGUUGUUUUAAUAAUUGUUGGUGGAAGUGCAUUGUUGGCCGUAGGAAUUAAUUUUGGUUGUUUCGUUUUUGUUUUUGCUGGUGUUUUCACUUUCUUUUUGUAUUUAGAGAGGGUGGAGGUGGAGGAAUUCGAGUAAUCGACCCUCGGCCGAGGGUAAAGCAAAUUUUUAUUUAUUUUUUCGUAAUUGUGGUUGAAGUAUGAGUGCGAUCUGUAAAUUGUGUU